UGGGCGCGAAAAACUUUCGAAAACCUGCGCCAUGGAGUGCUGCACCUGCGAAGUUGCUUUUCCACCUGGAGAAAUUGGUGGAAAGGAGCUGGAAGAUGGCGUUGUCGAACUGCCAGAACGAUGUGGGACUGGCGAGAAGAUGGUGGACCAGCUCUCGGAGGUGUCGACCGAUCCGUUGCCCUUUCUGAGUCAGGACCUGGCGGAGGAGUCGAGGCAACGGCGCAGCGAUCGCACCGGGCAGGAGAUCAUGUCUCAAAGCGCCAGCAUCAGUAUGGCGGUAGUGUCCCAAAGAAUCACCAAGACGGACACGGAAAUUCUCCGCGGUGUACGACUUCGGGAUACGCUGAAGGGAUGUGGACGACUCUGGCGAUGUAAUCCCAUGAAGUUGAAGCCACAAGCGCGGAGUGCACUGUUCAAGAUGUCCAGGCCAGUGCCGUCCUUGGACAUCUUUCUAUCGCACACCUGGUGCUCCAAGGGGAGAGCGAAGAUUUUGUCCUUGCUACUGCAGAGCGGGUGUAGUACAGCUUUGCUGUUCUGGUUCUUUGGUGUCGCACUGGCGCUGGCGCUGUGUUUCGCUGAUGCUUUGCCCAUGCCCUUUUGGUAUUCUGCCAACAUGAGCCACUUCAAAGAGAUGUGUCCUCUGGGUCCAUGGGUGAUGCUCUUUGGUUUCCUGGGAACUUUGUUGGGUCUUCUUCUUUCGCCCUACGUCUCCUGUUUCAACCGUGACAUGUGCUUCGUGGAUGCGGCCUGCAUUCAUCAGACCAAUAAGACCUUGAUGCAACGAGGUAUCAACGGCAUUGGGGGCUUUCUUCUGGUGUCCAGGGAGCUGCGAAUCCUCUGGAGCCAGCCGUACUUAUCGCGUUUGUGGUGCGUAUUCGAGGUGGCCACUUACAAGAAAAUGAAUCCGGGUGGAAACAUUGUCAUGGCACCACUGUUUGUUGAUGAGAGCGUGUUGUUGAAAUAUCUGGGAAUCCUGUUGUGCACUGUGACCUAUUGGAUUAUCCGCUGCAAUUCUGACUCCAGCAUCGUCUUACCUGGGACGAUGGUUUGCAGCCUGCCGAUACUGAUCACCAUUCAUUUCGAUCGACGGAAUUUCAUGAUGAAACAUCAACUCUUUUCUCAAUUUCAGAAUUUUGAUCUUGACGCCGCAGAAUGCUCCUGCGAGUCGGACCGGGAGUUUGUGUAUGCGGCCAUCAGCCACUUGUAUGGCAGCAAGGAAGCCUUUACUCAAUAUGUGAGAGGACCACUUCAACGAGAACUGUUGGAGCCGAUCUGCCAAAAUGUCUUGCCGCGGUGCUACACAGAGCUCUUGACCACGCCUUUUCUGAGUUUGUUCCUAGAUUUUACCUUGGCACUCUGGAAGCAAGGGGCUCCAGUCGAAGAUUUGGUCAUCUAUGCUGUGUCCAUGUUUGGGCUCGCGACCUGCUUGCACAUCCCUGCAGUUCUCACGAUGAUGAUCCUCCUUGGUGACCGAUUUGCCGAACCUUGGGAUGGCUUUUGGGGCUGUUUCCUGAAUUAUCUGCAGACAUUCCUGGUCUUUCUUGCCAUCUUAGCCCAUUCCGUUGCCGGUUUUGUGGUUUGCUUUACCGUGGGAAGCCGGCGCCAGUGGUGGUUCCUCAUCGGAUGUUUCUUCUUGUUCCUGGCCAUCCGGAUCUUGACCGUCAAACUCAGGGACAAGUUGCAGGGUCAACGGAAGCGACUUCAGAAAGCAAGAUCCUUCCAAUCCGAACCGUGACUCCCCGUGACAGCGGAAUUCAAGAUGAAGAAUCAGGAAGUGAACGUCACAUUCUAUGGUUACUGAAAUUGGCCCUUGAUUUCCUUGAUUCUUCAGCUCGCAAAAAAUCGUAAAGUAUGCCAAUGUUAUGCCUCCCAAAGGGACAGGCUGCCUAGUAUCGUGCCGUGUUUGGAUCAGUGUGGAUGAAGGCCCUAAGGUUGGCCGCGGUUUGGGAUGUGAGCCACUGCGAAUGGCCUGUCGUUCAUGUUGGUGACAUGGCCCGAAACCUACCCGAAACG